GUCCAGAGCUGAAAUCAGAGGUGGAGAAGCUCUGUGUUGCUCAGAUGAGCUCUCAGGGCAUCAAACCCAAGAAAAAGAGACGGUUUCAGCAAGAGAUCGCCUCUCUUUAGACUAAACUCUCUCAACAGGAGCAUGAAAUGGCCGAGGCUCACAGAACUUGGAAAGAAAGACUGGAAGAGGCAGAGAGGAGGAAGCGUGAAGAAACCAAAGAGCUGCAGACUUGAAGAAGAGAUUGAGGCGGCUCGGUUGAAGGCCAAAGAGGAGAUGAUGCGGGGCAUUCAGGUGGCAAAAGAAAUGGCACAGAAAACGCUGAGCGAACAGAAGAGUCAGUACGAGGAGAGGAUUGGCCGAUCAUGAUAUCCGGCAUGCUAAGAUUGUAGAGGCACUUGAGGCGGAGAAGAGGAAGAUUGCUGAAGAUCUUGCUCAGGUCGAGAGAAAACGUGCUCUUAAAAUGACCCAGACCCCUAAAACGGGAACAUGCACACUUUAAAUUGAAAAGACAUGGGGGUUUUCCAUCAGGGAUGUUCACAAAAGUGUGUUUUUCACCAUAUUUUUGUUCAAUGUUUGCAGCAUAGCCACAGUGGGAUGCCUUGAAGCUGUCUUUGAUUAUAUAUUAGUAGCACUGAUUAUCACUUAACUAAGUUCAAGUUCACGUGUGCAUUUGGUCUCUUUGUACGUAUAUAAGUUGUAAUAUUAUACUGAAUAUAUGAUGCUUCUCCCUGUGUUGAAGGAAACAAGAUGCAUUAAGAGCU